AUGUCAAUCCUUCUAUUUUCCCAGACUCGGGCAAACGCUGCGGUGGGCGUAGCAGUGGAAGACUACCUGCGCAUCGAUGAAGUGCGCAUCAAUCACCUCAACUCCGCCUUCCAAAAGAUCCGCGGUAUCAAAUCACUGGGAUUGGAGCCCAUGUUUCUCAAGGAGAUACGAUUAGCCCGAGAGGUGCAAUUGGAAGCCCUAUGGCGUCGCCUGCGCGUCGUCUUCUGCUUCUUUAUCUCCAUAAACCAGAUGAUUCCCGCAGUCACCGCCAUGGUUUCCUUGACAAGCUACUGGUAUACUGGCCACAAGUUGGUGCCAGAGGUGGUAUUCCCUGCCUUGACAUUAUUUGAAAUGACCUUUUCACCAGCCUCUAAAUUCUCCCUCUCGGUAACCCGUCAGUUCUCUAUUCUCCCAUGUGUCCGGCGCAUUCUCCAUAUCCUGCACCAAACGGAACAUCAGCCUGCCAGUCACGAACCAGGGGAAGUUCCCCAGUCGAGCGAAGCCAGCGCCGGCAAUUUGAUCCAAUUCCAUGAUGCGAAAGUAUCCUACCCAAACGCAGAUGACAGUUCGACUAGCUUUGUAUUAGGACCGAUCACAAUGGGUAUACCGGCUAAUAAAUUGACAAUCAUACACGGAGCCAGUGGAAGUGGUAAGUCCACGGUGCUAGCGGCCAUUGGCGGGCAAGCCGAGGUCAUUGAGGGUCAACUCCAACGAAAUUCGGCCACGAUGGCCCUAUGCACUCAAGACCCAUGGAUUAUGUUGGGUACUGUUCGUGAUAAUAUCACGUUUCUGCGGUCUUACGAGCCUGUGCGCUAUCGUCAAGUCGUCCGCCUCUGCUGCCUCGAGUCAGACAUUGCCUCGUUUCCGGGCGGCGACCUCGCAAUAGUAGGGGAGAGUGGCGCUAAUCUCAGUGGUGGUCAGAAGGCCAGAAUUUCUCUGGCACGAGCUAUCUACAGCGAGGCAGAUCUUCUGCUGUUGGAUGAUUGUCUCUCGGCGGUUGAUCCCCGGGUGGCCCGCAAGCUGUUUCAUGAGUGCAUCCUUAAGCUGCCGCAGACCGUUAUUUUAGUUACACAUCAGGCCGAGUUCAUUCAAUAUUGUGACCACGUUGUCUCGUUGGCCAACGGCAUGGUUGCAGAGGUAGGUAGUCCCGAGGAGCUACGAAAAUCCCCACAUGGGGUUAUUGGGUCAAUCCUCGUCGGUGAGACGGGGACUUAUAUUAAGGACCAUUUAGAAGGAGUUAUGGGCACGGAAUCGACAGCCAAGCCAGGUUCUGCUGAUUCCAAGCAGAUCACCUUGGUGGAGGAGGAGCGCGCCCGUGGUAAGGUUGACACUGACUUAUAUCGAUUCUACUUUGAAUGUGCUGGAGGCCCUCGCUUCAUUAUGCUUCUCUCCCUCAUGCUCUUUCUCACCGUUGCUGUCCGAAUUGUCAACAGCUUCUGGUUACCAUGGUGGAUGGGAAAUGUGCUAUCUGUCUCGACACCUACUUAUCUUACAGGAUAUGCUCUAGUGGUCAUGCUACAGGCCGUCUUUAUUGCCUCAGUCGGGGUGAUCCUUGUAUUGGGAACGAUGAAGGCCAGCCGGAGUAUCCAUGAGGGCGUCGUCACCCGUCUCUUCCGCGCACCUUUGGACUUCUUCAGUGCACAGCCUCUAGGUCGCGUCUUGAAUCGGCUAUCGGUAGAUAUCGAUGGGAUCGACUUUCGACUCAUCAAUGCGGGCGAUUUAUUGCUUAUGGCUGCGACAUCGCUGUUUGCGGCGGUCAUUGUGCUUGUCUGGAGCUCUCCCUACCUUGUGCUGGCCUUCGGACCGAUAUUCUACUUCCAAUAUCGUAUUCAGUCUCUCUAUCGAGUGUCUGCUCGCGAACUCCGACGCGUUUGUUCUAUCCUGGACUCCCCCGUCCUCUCCGUCAUUACGGAGAGUAUGGCUUCGAUGCCGACCAUACAGACGUAUGAUGCACGAGAGCUGUUUGAAGAACGUCACCGUGUAGCACUUAGUCGUGCUAUUGUCGGAAUCACCGUCCGCUAUGCAUUGGAAACAUGGAUUACACUGCGGAUCGAGAUGCUAUCAGUGGCCCUGCUGGGGUGUGCGGGUUUGCUCGGGGUCUUCGGUGUGCUCGACUCGUUACAGAUGGGGCUCAUUUUCACCCUCAGCAUUUCACUGUCGAAGCAUAUGCACCAGUUUCUGUGGUCUUUGAUCAAUGUCGAGGUUGAGAUGAACUCCACAGAACGACUACGACACUACAUGACUCGGAUCCCGGUGGAAGAUGACCACCGCGUGCAGCCGACGAGUCCAACCUGGAUGGGGGAUACUCCGGACGGGGCGCAUCCUUAUAUUGUAAUCAAGUCUCCCGACUCGGAGCCAGAAGGUGAAAUCAUCUUCUCCCAUGUCACCGUCCAAUAUCCGCGCAGCCACAGCCCAUCCCUCCGAGAUUUCUCAAUGUGCAUCCGAUCGGGCGAGAAAGUGGGGAUCAUCGGACAUAGUGGCUCGGGGAAGUCGACUAUAUUGGCGGCUUUAUCGGCCCUCGCCCCGGUGGUGCACGGCCGGAUCACCAUCCGCGGGACUCCGAUCAACGACCUCCCUCUCACCACUCUCCGAAGCAUGGUGCACGUCCUCCCGCAAGACUCGGUCCUGUUCCCCGGCUCAGUGCGUCAGAACCUCGAUCCGCAGAUUUCUCACUCUGAUGGCACGUUAAUCCAUGCGCUUUCCGUGGUGGGGGCAUUCCACGCCUUUGACCUCCGACGGAGCGGCUUACUGUCCGAGGAUGGGGGAGCGCAGGCCGAUCCUACACACCACUGCACAGACAGCAGCGAUCUGCUCGACAUCGUGAUUGCACCUGGGGGCACGAAUCUCUCGGCUGGUCAGGCGCAGCUUAUCUGUUUGGCCCGCGCUCUGCUGGCCAACCCCCGCAUCCUCGUCCUGGACGAGGCGACCUCGAGUGUGGACUUGCAGACGGAGAACCAUAUUCAGCAGGUCUUACAGGAGCACUUCCGCGAUAGUAUCAUUUUGUGUGUGGCGCACCGUCCGACGAGCGUGGCGUGGAUGGAUCGAGUGAUCGUCAUGGCAGACGGCAUGUGUGUCCGCGAAGAAGGCCGAUCCGGUAUUCAUGCGAAUGUUUGA